AAUUUUUGCAGAUGGGCGUCGCAUUUGACAGCUCGGAUCGAGAUUUGAGCUUUCGAAUUGCUCUCGAAUAUUUCGACGAUUUGCGGAUCCUUUUUAAUGCGAAAUGCUCCGGAUUGGAGCCUUGGCAGAUUGUCUCCUACGCAAUUUCCCUAUGCUUCCUGAUCGCCUACAUCAAACGAAUGACCCGAUCUAAUGAGCCGCCACUUGUUCAGAUCAGAAAAUCGAUAUUCUCAUUCCUUCGAUCACUUCCGUGGGUCCGCCGAAAGUUGGAAGCUGAUUUGGCGAAAGCUCAGGCUGAAAUUGAGGAUGAAGUUCAUCAGAGUGAUCAUAUGCGAGAAUUCUAUAAAUUCCUACCCGAACGAUGUAUGGAUACAGAGGAAAUUCUCGCCGACGGUCGACGUUAUGCAAUGAUGGGAGAAAGAAGAUAUAUGCAACAUUAUGAUCCACAGACUCGGGAAGAGGACAUGAAAUUGUCGGCUAAGCUCUUCGACCUCUUCGCUCACACGGACCCCCACCGAUCCGACGCUUUUCCCGGAGUUCGUAAAAUGGAGGCAGAAAUUCUGAAAAUGACUUGUGCAAUGUUUCACGGAGGCAAAGAUUCGUGUGGAGUUGUGGCAGGCGGUGGAACCGAGGCCUUGAUGCUUGCCUGCCUUGCCUACCGUAACCGUAGCCGAGCUCGUGGAGAGUGGAGAGCCGAGAUUGUUGCUCCGUCGACUGCUCAUCCGGCAUUGGAUAAAGCUGCCGCGUUUUUUGAUAUGACUAUUAAGAGAAUUCAGGUGUCGGAGACGGACGAUCGUGCCAACGUUGGAGCCAUGAAGCGAGCCAUUGGACCCCGUACUUGUAUGAUAAUUGCAAGUGCUCCAAAUCAUAUCACCGGAACAGUUGACCCAAUUGAAAAGCUCGCCAAGUUGGCUCAACGAUAUCAUAUUCCACUCCACGUGGAUUGUACUCUCGGUGGAUUCGUGUUGCCUUUUAUGGAAUACGCCGACUAUUCGGUGCCUGCUUUCGAUUUUCGCCUGCCUGGAGUCACGUCGAUUUCAGCUGAUCUGCAUAGGUAUGGCCAAUGCCCAGGCCGCCUAUCAGUCCUGAUGUACCGUGAGCCUGCGUUCCUCCGUCACCAGUUCUUCACCAACUCAGAAUGGCCUGGCGGUUGCUACGCGACACCGACAAUGUCCGGUGGACGGGAUGGUGGAGCUGUGGCGACUGCGUGGGCUAUGAUGCUUCGAAAAGGACGAGAUGGAUACAUCAACGCGGCUCAACGGAUCAUUGAGGCGACCCGGCAGCUCGCCUACCGCCUACAAGGCCUUGAUGGGGUCUCGUUGAGGGGCUCCGCUGAUCUGUGUGUGGUGGCGUUCACGACGAGCGAAGUUAAUGUGUACAAUUUGGUGGAUGUUAUGGUGCAAAAGGGUUGGCACGUGGAUCCACUGCUUUCGCCAGCUGCCGCCCGUGUACCGAUCUCACUUUCAAUGUGUGAAGAGGGAGUUUUGGAUCAUUUCCUGGAGGAUUUGGAAAUGGCGAUUUGCAAUUUGAAGUCAAUGGAGCCUGCUGAGAAGCUCGGAACCACCGCAUCGUUCUACCAAAUGCUCCAGAAAGUCAAUGAUAAAACGCUCGUCGACGAGCUUUCACUGAUCCGCCUCGCCGCCCAUUAUAGUAUUCCACCGCCUGCCGAGAGAAGAAGUUUGAGAACUCUUUCCGUCGAAGGCCGUAAACUGAGCAUGCUGGGCGCCACGGGAGAUAUGGGAAAGAAGCUCGAGGAGCUCCGACGUGGAUUCCAGAAGGAGAAGGAGGCGAAGCAGGAAGCGUUAAAAAAUGAGAAUUCCGAGGAGAAAUAAUUUUUUAAAAAAUUCAAUUUUCUGUUCAAAAACUAAAAUUUGCGAAUUUUAAUAACAAAUUUGAACUCAGCUCACCGAGAGCUUUAAAAUAAGUAUAAUCAUGACAUACUUUGCAAAAUUUUGGGUCCCGCCACAAAAACCCCCGGGUUACUGUAGCUGUUCGUGGUGGGACCCAAAAUUUUCGAAUUCCAGCAAUGUAGGUCAUAAUUAUACUUAAAUGAAAGCUCUCUGUGAGCUGAAUACGAAUUUUGAGUUAAAAUUUGAAUUUUCCUGAAAAUUUUGUAAAAUUCCAAUUUUUCAUUUUUUUGCCUUUUUUUCAAAAAAAAAAAAUUUUAUUUUGUUCAAUGCUACGCAUUUUUGCCAUUUCUCAAACUUUUUUAUGUAAAAUUUUCUAUUUAUGUACAUAAUUUUUGAUUUUUUUUCUCUGAAUAAACGCAAAACAUUGUAAAAAA